AUGGCCGAAGAAGAGGACUAUAGUUCCUUGCCCCUCACCGACCGCUGGGUGCACAAGGUGUGGAAAGCCCGAAAGGCGGCAUACGAAGCGGCGGCACAAUUGUUCGAGAAGACCCCCGACGAGGACGACCCGGUGUUUCGACCAUUUACGCAGGAUCCGAGCCUGUGGAAAUCAGCAGCGGCCGAUUCUAAUGUUGCAGCACAACAAGAAGGACUGAAUGCACUCUGCGCAUUCCUCAAGUUUGGCGGUCGCGACGGGGCGCUCCGAGCCCGGCAGCACGCCGUUACACCAAUCGCCGAAAAGUGCCUGUCCUCCACCAGAGCUGCCACCAAGGCUUCCGCGCUGGAGGCCUUACUCUUAUUCAUCGAAGUUGAUGUUCCUGGGCCAGUAAUCGAAGAAAUCCUCCCUGUCCUCUCGAGCAAACAACCCAAGUUUUACCGAUGGCUCCGCGAUGCGAUGAAGCCCAUGUUCUGGAACGAUCUAAAGCCGACUCAACAAACCGAUCUCGAGGCGCAAUUCGAGAAAGUCAAGGCUGAGGGCAUGCCCAAACAAGAGCGUCUUUUGAGGUCACAGCAAGCAGAGAAAGAGCGUGCUCCGGCCGGCGGUGCGGAUGAUGAGUAUGAGGAAGAUGGCGGCGAAGCCGAGGAGGCCGGCGAGGUGGACGCGUUCGAUCUUGCCGAGCCACAGGACGUCAUCAGCAAGAUUCCGAAGGACUUCUUUGACAAUCUUGCCUCAUCGAAAUGGAAGGAAAGGAAGGACGCAGUCGAAGCCCUGAACGCCAUCGUCAACGUCCCGAGAAUCAAGGAUGCCGACUUUCACGAGGUCAACCGUUGUCUGGCCAAGUGCAUGAAGGACGCCAACGUUGCAGUCGUCACGCAAGCAGCCAUGUGCAUCGAGUUCCUCGCCAAGGGUCUACGGAAGGCUUACGCGAAAUACCGCGCGACGGUGAUGCUGCCCAUCAUCGAGAGGUUGAAGGAAAAGAAACAAACGGUGGCCGACGCCCUCGGUGCCGCCUUGGACGCCGUCUUCCUGUCGACAAAUCUCACCGACUGUCUCGAGGAUAUCACAGCAAACCUUGUACACAAGAACCCCCAGGUGAAGGAGGGGACGAUGAAGUUCCUUGUGAGGUGUCUGAGGACAACACGGGAAGUUCCCAGCAAACAAGAGAUCGCAGGGAUUGUCGAGUCGGCCAAAAAGCUCCUUUCAGAGUCGAGCGAGGGACUCCGUUCUGGUGGUGCCGAAAUCCUCGGGACUAUCAUGAAAAUCAUUGGUGACCGGGCCAUGAACCCGCAUCUGGAGGGCCUUGACGAAAUCCGCAAAACAAAGAUCAAGGAAUUCUGCGAGACGGCCGAGGUCAAGGCAAAGGAGAAGCCAAAGCCGCCGCCGCCUGCCGCUCGUGCGCCUCCUCCCGCUGGUGCGAAGAAAGCGCCAGCGGGCGGUUUGAAGAAGGGCCCUGCCGGCGCGAAAAAGCCCGCCCCCGCGGCUGCACCCUCGGAACCGGCUCCGCCUGCUGCUGUGCCUCGUCCAGUGAGCAAGCUGGGCAUGCCGAAGCCCGGUGCCCUCGGUGGUCUCAAAGCCCCCCAAAAGCGAACCCUGGGUGCUCCUGGCGCCGCUUCACCCCGGCGGCCAGCCCCAGCUCCGUCACCCCCUCCUAUGGAGGAGGAGGAGGAGGAGCCCGUUUCCCCUCCACCUGCAAAACCGGCCUCACGCCUAGGUCUUGGCCGCGGGGGUCUUGCCGGCCGCUCCCUGGCAAAGCCCGCGACGCCUUCGAUACCCGCUGCGCCCCCAUCCCCAACACCCGCGUCGGGUUUCACAGCGAUCGAGCGUGCAGAGCUUGAGGAACUUCGCGACGCGAACGAGCGGUUGCUGAAGGCGCUGGAAGACGCGCGGCACGACCGUUCCAAGUUGAUGUCCGAAAUCCAAGAGCUCAAGAACCAGAACGCCGGCCUUAUCGAGGACCACACGAGGGACGUGCUCUCCAUCAAGGCGAAGGAGACCCAACUCGUCAGGGCCCGCAGCGACGCCGACGCGGCAGAGCAGACCAACGACCGACUGCGGCGCGAACUCGACCGGCUGAAGCGUGCCUUGAAUAAGGCCGAGGCCCUCAACGGUUCGGGGAGCCCCGGUUCACCCAGCGACCUGGGGUUCAGGACCAUGAGCCCGACUCACGACGAUAUCUACCGCGAUGCGUCCAACACCAACCGAAGCCGCAUGAGCAUAGCGAGCACAUUGAGCGACGAGAAAGAGAACGGAGAGGGCAUGCCUCCCCCGCGCACCAAGCUUAGUCCGGAUCUUAGGUAUACUGGCAGCAAUGCGAGCAGCGGCCGUGGCAGCCCAGCAAGGGGGUUCAGGAGGGAUGUUAGCAUGGAAGAGAAGGAACCCAGGGCUGCAGACACGGGAUACAACAGCUAUAACGACCGUGCAGGCAGUAGGUCUGACAGCCGGACGGGAGGCCGAGAGACACCCACCAACCCCAACGCUCCGACAUCUGGCAUGGAGAGUUGGAAGCGAGCGGCUGAGGUCACGAGCCAGCUCAAGGCACGGAUUGAGCUCAUGAAGGCAAAGCAGGCCAAUGCGCGGCAGUAG